AUGCACUUGAGCUUGAUAGCUUUCGGCUCUUUAGCGAAGCGCUCGGUCAAUUUGGGCCGAGGUGGGCCUCCUAGUGUAUAUGAGAUGAGAGAGCCAUUGUUGAAGAAAGCGGUUGAGAGAACAAAACUCAAGGUGAAGCCUCAUGAAGAUGAAUGGAAGAAGAGUGGUUGCUCGAUUAUGACGGAUGCUUGGAGUGAUAGAAAGAGAAGAAGCAUCAUGAAUUUGUGUCUGAAUUCUAAAAUUGGAACGAUAUUUCUAUCUUCCAAGGAAUCUUCCGAUAUAUCUCACACAAGUGAAAUGAUUUUUGAGUAUGUGGAUCAAUGCAUUGAGCAAGUUGGGCCCGAGAAUGUCGUUCAAGUCGUGACAGAUAAUGCUUCAAAUAAUAUGGGAGCGGCGAAGUUAUUGCGCACAAAGAGGUCAACUAUCUUUUGGACUUCAUGUGCCGCACACACCAUCAAUAUUAUCUUGGAGGGCAUUGCAAAACUACCCCGGUUCACCAAAACCAUUGAACAAGCAAAGGCAUUGACUAUAUUCAUUUAUGCACAUCAUAAGACCUUAUCCAUGAUGAGGUCUUACACUAAAAGGGAGGGCAUAGUAAGACCCGGAGUCACACGAUUCGCCUCUUCAUUUCUUAGCUUGCAAAGCUUGAUGGAAAAAAAGGCACAAUUAAGGGCAAUGUUCACUAGCUCCGAGUGUGAUGAGUGCAAGGGGAAAGAAAGUUACAACACCGUGAUGUCUAUUAAUUUUUGGAAUGGCGUGACUUCUUUCUUGACUAUUUUUGCUCCUUUGGUGAAGGUGCUUCGCAUAGCGGAUGCCGAUAAGAAGUCGUCGAUGAGAUUUUUGUAUGGGGAGCUUAUGCAUGCUAAAGAGGAUAUAAAAAGUGUCUUGAACAAUCUUUCCAAGAACUAUGAUCCCAUCUUAGAAAUCAUUGACACGAAGAUGAUGGACAGAUUGGACACCCCGUUGCACUUGAUGGCAUAUCUACUAAAUCCUUAUUAUCAUUAUAAGGACUCGAAUCUCAUACUAGAUCAAGUUGUUUCGGAUGGAGUUCUUGAUUGUCUUACUGUCAUUUGUCAUGGUAACUUUGAUUUGAUGGAUAAAAUCAUGAACGUUGAGUUGCCCAUUUAUAAGACAAAGGGCGGAGUCUUUGGGAAGCCAAUUGUCGCAAAAGGUUGUGAAGUAAACGACGAGAAGUUUGAUUCGGUCUAUGUCCAAUUCAAUUCCCGUUUAUUGAACAACCGCAAAUGGAGGAAAGAAAAGGAUGUGUUACUUGCUAGUGAGGCAAGUAAAGCUCAAGAGUGGAUUAUUUCGGUAUUAGAAGACGAGGACGAUGAGGAUGUCAAUGGACAUGAAGUUGAGGAUGACACAUCAAGAGUGAGUGAGCUUGAGGAAGAGGAUUUUGAAUCCGAGGAGGAGGAACAAGUUAAUGAGAAUGACAUUGACUUUGAGUCGGAUGAAGAGCGUGUAUUGGAGAAUUAUGGAGAAGAAGAAGAAGAUCCUCUUGUGCUUGACUAUAUUUCUUAG